AGUGCUAAUGAGAGAGAAGUUCAUCACACUGCAUUCUCUUUUGGCAAAGCUUAAAAGAUGCGUUUUUUUCUGUUCCUGCUCUUUUUUUGCCAGGCUGUUGAGAGCCUAAGAAUCUGCUCUUUCAACGUGAGGUCGUUUGGAGAAUCUAAGAGAACAAAACCAGAAAUCAUAGAUGUUAUUGUAGAGAUUAUAUCUCGCUGUGAUAUCAUGCUACUGAUGGAAAUAAAGGACAACAGCAACAGAAUAUGUCCCUUUCUAUUAGAGAAACUAAAUGGACGCUCGGAAGGUGAAUACACUUAUGUGGUCAGUAACAGGCUAGGAAGAAGAAAUUAUAAGGAACAAUACGCUUUUUUCUACAGAUUGAAAAGGGUCUCUGUGAAGCAAUCCUAUCAGUAUCCUGAUCUGCAGCCUGGUGAUGAAGAUGCCUUUUCCAGAGAACCUUUUGUUGUUUGGUUCAACUCUCCAGGAACGGUGGUCAGGGAAUUUGUGAUCAUCCCCAUGCACACAAUGCCUGAAAUGGCUGUGCGAGAAAUUGAUGAACUCUAUGAUGUGUUUCUGGAUGUCAAGCUGCACUGGAAGACUAAGAAUUUCAUCUUUAUGGGAGACUUCAAUGCUGGCUGUGGCUACGUGGCAAAGAAGCAGUGGAAAAAUAUCCGGCUACGAAAUCACACUGACUUUCUUUGGAUAAUUGAUGAUGAAAGUGACACAACUGUGAAACCAACAACGCACUGCCCCUAUGACAGGAUUGUGCUCUAUGGAGAUAAGCUCGUAACUACCACAGUGCCGGACUCAGCCAAUAUCUUUGAUUUCCAGAGUGCCUUCUCCAUGACUGAAGGACAGGCCUUAGCAGUGAGCGAUCACUUUCCAGUAGAGUUCCAGCUGAGAACUACCAGACGUUCCUCAAGAAGAACAAGAUGUUGUAGAGCUCUUGUAUAAUAAAUCCAGUGAACUGCUGUUUUAUUAAAACCUAAACACACAAACACAAAAAUGUAUAUUCACAAGAAAAGAGCUGAUUUUUUGUCAUUUUUAUGUACAUCUCACUGCACUAUGAUAUACUUAACCAAAAAAUGCAACACCCAUAUCUUUAUAAUAUUCAAAGCAUUCAAGGUUAAUGUAAUAUUGCUUAUUUAUAAAAUAAACAAGUCAAGAUUAA